AUGGCAUCCCACGCGCCCGCUGCAUGCUGCACAGCCGGCAAACUACACGAAGGUACCCCUGAGGGUAGCCUGAUCCAGAUUGACGGCAACAUCGAAGCGUAUCUGGCGAUACCAACAUCUCAGCAGACGCCCGCGCGAGCAGUACUGUAUCUGCCGGACAUCAUCGGCAUAUGGCAGAACAGCAAGCUCAUGGCUGAUGAGUUUGCACGCCAUGGCUACGUCUGUCUUGUUCUCGACACUUUCAACCGUGAUCCCUGUCCAUUAAACAUGCCUGCGGACUUCGAUAUCAUGAAGUGGCUGCAAGAAGGAUCCGACGGCCAGAAUCCGCAUACGACAGAGACCAUUGACCCGAUAGUCCAGGCCGCAAUCAAGUAUCUGAAAGGCAUGGGCAUCGAACAGAUUGGGGCAGCAGGGUACUGCUUCGGCGCAAAAUACGCUGUGCGCCACUAUCAAAGCGGCAUUCAGUGUGGUUUCAUUGCUCACCCCUCAUUUGUGGACUCAGAUGAGUUGGCUGCCAUUACUGGGCCGUUGUCCAUUGCUGCGGCUGAGUUCGACGACAUAUUCCCCGCAGAGAAGCGCCACGAAAGUGAAGCGAUACUGGCGAAGACAGGAAAGGACUACCAAAUCACUCUGUUCUCUGGAGUCUCCCAUGGUUUCUCUGUUCGUGGUGACGUGAAGGAUGAGAAGCAGCGGUUUGCAAAGGAGCAGGCCUUUUACCAGGCGAUUACUUGGUUUGACAGAUACUUCAAGACCAACUAG